CGAAGCAUGCUGUAAAGCCACUUUUUUUAAUAGCCUAUCUGUUAUCAAAUGUAAUACGGCGAUUGUGAAGAAUCAGCAUUCUGGUGUGGCAGCCCCCCCAACCCCCUGACUUCCCCAUUGGUGAAGCCUUCUAAAAAACGGAAGCAGGCGCUACCAUUUUGAAACACGGCACUGCUUAGCUCCACUAUGGACAAGAGCAACACGGUGAAGCUCUUCGUGGGCAACCUGGCUCUAGACACCACCCAGGAGGAGCUUUCUGCCAUAUUUGAGGCGUACGGCCAGGUGGUCAGCUGCAGCGUUCUCCGACAGUUCGCCUUCGUACACCUACAGGGUGAGGGUGCUGCGGAGCGGGCCAUCAGGGAGCUGAACGGCAGGGAGUUCCGGGGGAGGAACCUGGUGGUAGAGGAGUCCCGGGGCAGACCUCUCCACUCCACCAAGGUGUUUGUGGGGAACCUGUCGGGCAUGUGCACCACCGAGGACCUCCAGGAGCUCUUCCAGACCUUUGGUAAAGUGCUGGAGUGCGACAAAGUCAAAGCCAGGCUCUCCUCUUCUGCAGGCUACGCCUUCGUGCACAUGGAGAACAAGGAGGAGGCUCUUCAGGCCAUCGAGGCCCUCCACGGCACCUCCUUCAAGGGACGCCCGCUCUCCGUGGAGCUCUCCAAGGUGCAGCCCUCCAAGCAGACACCGACGGGGAAGAUCCCCUGUGUGAGCUGUGGGAAGCAGGGCCACUACGCCGGGGAGUGCCCUGUAGGGAAGUCCUCUCUGGAACAGUACCAGAGCCAGGCAGCUGUGCUAGCUGCAGCCGCCGCCGCCGCAGCCGGCCUGCCCCUCCAGGUCCAGCAAAGCGUCCACAACUCUGUCUACAACACCUCGACCUUUGACCCCACCUACGCGGCGUUGACAGGUCUCACCACCGGCACGCGAGCGGAAGGCAACCCCGUCAACCAGGCGGUGUAUGGUGCCCUGGCGACGCAGGUCUACGGCGCUAACGUGGCCAAUCAGCUCUAUGGGGUCCAGGCAGCCAAUCAGGCGGCAGCGUUGACGCAGGCGGGCGCCACGCAAGUGUAUGCCAGCUCCAUGAACCCCAGCCACGCCGCUCUCUACGGUCAGCUCAGUCAGAUUGCCGCCAGUCCCGCUGCAGCGUCCGCUGCCGCCGCCUACUCUACACCAGUUUACGCGCAUGCCAUGGCUAACCACCACCACCCGGGGGCCAUCUACCUGGCAGCACCUGGCGUAGAGAUGCCUGCGGCCGCCGCGGCAGUCAACCAGGCCUACGCCAUGGCGCCGGCGCUCUAUGGGGGUGCCCAGCAUGCCUACGGCCACUUGGGGAUGGGUGCCGCCAUGAGCGCGUCGGCAGAUCCUUCGGCGGCCAUCUUUGAAGCAGCGAGGGUGCAGCACUACUUCGCCCAGGGACAGCAGGUUCUGGCUGAGCAGCAGAACGCGGCGGCAGUGGCGGCGGCACAAGCAGCAAAGUCUGGAGAGAGGGACCGGAGUCCCCUGAGGCGCUCUGCGGGGUCCCUGCUGCCCGAUCCUGUCAUGAAGCCCUUCAUGUACCAGAGAGCCCCCAAGCAGCGCCGGCCGCUGCUCCCCACCCCCGCCGGGCGAGCUGCAGAGGAAGCAGCGGAGGCUGCAGAGGACCCCAUGGCUAGAGAGCAGUACCAACAGUAUGCUGAGUACUACCACCAGCAGCACCAACAGCACCAGCAGCUCCAGCAGUUACAGUACUAUGCGGAGUACUACCAGCAGUACCAGCAGUAUCAGCAACUCCAGCAGUACCAGCAACUCCAACAGUACCAGCAACUCCAACAGCUCCAGUAUGCCUACCCGCCUCCCAACCACCACGCCAUAGCUGCCAUCCCUGCCCAUGCCAUGGCGGGCCACGCCCACCACCACGGCCAACCGGCCCACGUCACGGCGCUGGACGCCGCCCUCAGGCCAGUGGUGCCCGCCUCCGCCGUGGCCGCCGCCAUGGUGGCAGCGCCCAGAGUGUAUGAGCCGCCGCUGCCGCCGCCACCGAACCGCAAGGAGGCCGUCCUCCGCCGAGCCCCCGAACUCUCCCUUCACACGCCUGAGCCCCCCUUCAGAUAGUCACCUCCCUCGUACCCCUCUGUUUCCCCCCGCCUAUCACUGUAUACCACCCUCGUACCCCUCCUCACUCUCAGCGGCUGUGUGUGUCUGUGUAUAUCUGUGUGUGUGGGUAUAUUUGUGUGUACUGUGGCGGUGGGGAUUUGUGUGUGAGUGUGUUUGGAGUUUAGGAGUUGUCCCUUGACUACAGUAAGAACCCAACCCCAACUUGGUCCUGGUACCACACUAACAGUGCAGUUAAAGAAGGGAAGACAUUCUGUCAUCUUACCACCACACAAUGUUUAGCUAUUGACUCUCAAUGGUAGACAGGUGCCAGUAGCAGACAGUCAAUUCCUUCAACAUAGAGAUGAGGUCAAAAAUAUCACAACCGAUUCUUGUACUGUCUGCGCUGUGGUGUGUUGCGUAGCUCCAGGGUUGGAGGGGUCUGUGAGUCUUGUACCAGUCGGGACUGUGGUGCGAGUGUGUGUGUGUGUGUGUGUGUGUGUGUGUGUGUGUGUGUGUGUGUGUGUGUGUGUGUGUGUGUGUGUGUGUGUGUGUGUGUGUGUGUGUGUGUGUGUGUGUGUGUGUGUGUGUGUGUGUGGGAGAGUGAUGUUGGCUUUCUGUUGUUACGAUGUAAUGCACACAGUCCCACGCGUGCUGCCGUGUUCCCUCAUCAGCUCACCCCUGGGAGAUUGGAGGAACAUAGGCACACUGUACUAUAUGAAACUACCCCCUACCUCUCCUACCCCCUCCCUCCUUCCCUCACACCGCUGGAACCACAGCACUGAAAGACACUGCUGCAUUUCUGACCUUAUUUACUCUGUCUAUACCUUAGCCUGGGUAAACCAAAUUAAAUGCCGGAAUCACCACUGAAACAAUCGAGGGUUUAACAUUCAGUCUAUAUACCUACCUCUGACAAUGAGAGCACGGAGAUUUGCUGGUUAGAAUAUGAAUGGUCUGCCUUCUGUCCAUACAGUUUAUCAGUCAGUCAGUUACAGGGUUGGGGUCCAUUUCAAUUAAAUUCAGUGAAUUUAAAAUGGAAUUGACUCCAUCCCUGGUCAAUAGUUUGGAGAAGAAUGACACGUUUUAGGGACGAAGUUUUCUAUGUACUGUACUACUAGAGUCUUACUGCAUCAGUGCAUUUUGAGAGGCCUUUUAAAGUAUGAAUUAUUUUAGUUUCGUUUUUUUGUAAUGUAAGUGGUUGUCGGGUUGAUGAAGUUUACAUUCUAACCCCUCAGAUCAAGUAUGAAUUAUUUUAUGGAUUUAUAAUUAAGUUCACUUUUUAGACUUGCUAGAGAAUUUCAAUGAGGUUAAAGGAAAACUCCACCCAAAACCUAUAUUUUGGUGUUUGUUUCAUUAAUCCAUUGUUGACAUAGUCCCAAAAUGUUUUUGUCAAGUUUUCAACGAUAUGUAACUUUAAAAAUACAGAUCAUCCCUGUAUGAUCCAUUUUGCAUCAUAUGAUGUAGCGUUUUGAAAGUUACAUAUCUUGAAAACUUGAUUGCUGGCAGUCCCAAAAUGUUUUGCUUAUGUCAACAAUGGACUAAUGAAACAAACACCAAAAUAUUGUUUUUGGGUGGAAUUUUCCUUUAACAUUGUGCCUAAGCUUUGUCUGAACUGCAUAUAGUGGAGUGAAGAUCUCCUUUUUGAAGUGCUUUUGUUCUUACACGUCAGUCUUUUUAAUCUGCGAUGGAGGGAAAAGGGUUCGGAUAAUGUGACGUGAUGAUUUUUUUGUGGUGCGGUAAAGUUCACACCGAUGAUAUGACGAUGAGAGAUGGAGCAGUAUCUUUCAGUCGCCCUGUUCCGACGUAUCCUUGCACCCCGCUGUAAGACGACUCACUACCCCCGUACCCCGCUGUGUCCUUCCUCUUCUCCAUGUGAUUUUAGUGAUGUAGUAUUUUAUCUUGCAUAUAAUCUCUCUGUCUCUCACACACACACAGUUUCAUCUGUGGGAUCGCGACGAUCAGGAAAAAAAACACCCUUUCUUGUUAUGCUUGUUGCUUGCCUUGUUUCUGACCGUGUUUUUAGAACUAUUUAAAAUAUUUCUUUUUUUUUAACAAAAAGAAAAAAGGCAUGCUUUUUAAUAUGUAUACUACACAUACCCACCAUUUAAAAAUAAAGAAUGUUUCUGACUACUGUGAGGAAAAGAAAAAACUGCGUUUCGGAUGUAUUUCCCCGUUCUUGUUUUUACGUAUUUUUUCGUCUUUCUUACUCCUUCCCGUCUCUCCUUGUUGUAAUGACCAGACCCAUAUGACUGGGGACCAGGGUGGCAGAGAAAAGGAGGAGUAGCGUCUGUGUGUGCGCCCCCCCUAGUCUGCCUCGUGGAUGGGGUAAGUCUGGUCUGGGGUCAGCGCUCCUCUCUCCAGCCUCACCCAAACUCUUGGCCUAUAGCACAGUCAGACAGACCCUGGGUGCGUGCCAAUAAAAUGUAUUUUCUCCUCAACUGUACACUUGUUCACUUCCCUUUACUGGUGCGAGAGGAAAUGCCUGAAAUGAGGUUGUUUUUAUGGUGCCAACUCCUAGGCCAGGUGUAUUCCCUACGAGGUCCGGAUCCUGCUGGUGUUCUGUUCUACCUGAUCAUUAAUUGCACCCACCUGGUGUCCCAGGUCUAAAUCAGGCUUUGACGUCCAGAAUUGAGUUUGAGGGUUCUAGGCCAUGCCUCUGCUAAUCCUAUGUUUUUAAGAUAUGUGGGAAGUCGUGAACAAGUGUAUACUUCAGGAGGAAAGAGAUAACUGGGACAUAGCCCCUCGCUGGUACAUCAACAAGGCAUCUACUGUGUUACCAUGCUGUUACCAUGCGCUCAUGUCUGAAACCGCUUCCGUUAACUCUGAUCUUUUUGAGUUCCACUUUGUGCCAAACUAGUGUCGAUUUCAUGCCAUUUUAAUUGCAGAUUCAAUGUUGAGUAGAGUGGAGCGCAUUACUUGCUUGCAGAUGACUCCUUGUUUUAACAAUGGGUGGACAAACACACACAUCAGAGACCUGGGGAGAGGCACACAGAUGGAAUGACUGUGGUGCUAUGUGUCUGCUCCUACCCAACAACCUCACCACCAACACCAUGUGUCUGUCUCUGCUGUGUUAGAUGUGCAUGUCACUCUGCUCUCUGUCCAAAGCCCCAUACAUACUGACCUACUAUUCCAACUGAAAUAGGUACCGGCCGCCCAGACACCACCCAGCAGGUGUGAGGUGAGAGGGGGAAGACAAUAAACGUCGCGCAGGCAAAUGGGAAGUGGGAACUCAAUCUUCUCCACCAAGGUAAUGAAACAGCACUGUCCCCCUCUCUGACUGUGCCUUGACCGAAACACCCCUCCCCCCCUCCUCGUCCGCCAUCACCACCCCCACCCCCCCUCCGUAGCUCCCCCUCUCACCUGCGUUGAUAUUGCCCGGGGGGCUUCUUUUGGGGGUCACUGCUCACGCUGUGAUGUCUUCUACCAGACUUCCAGUGACUUGUCCUGUCUCUCACCAUGCAGCACCUACAGUGACUGGGCUGUCAGUCUCUCUGUCGUGCUGAUGUGUGUCUGAGAGAGACUGUGUGUGUGCCUGACUGACUGUACAUGUUUGAGAGCCAGAGACCGUGUAGGUAAAAGAGUGAGUGAGCGUGUCACUGACUCUACGUGUCUGAGAGAGAGUGUGUGUGUGUGUGUGUGUGUGUGUGUGUAAUGUCGUUGGUGUUUUGAGGCUUGGUACAUGUGGAUCCCCCGCCCCCGCUAGUGACUCCUACACCGCCGUAUUCGCCGCCCCUCCCCCCAACCCAUCCCCCUCUGCGCCUGUCCGCCGUACACAGCUUGCUGCCGCCGCCGCCUGCCGCCAUCUUGGAUCUAGGCUGGGCUCUGGAUCAGCAGCUCCCGACUGGCCACACCCACCCCUGGCUAUGGCUGUAACCAUAGAGACCUAUUGAAUGACAAUGGACACCGUGUAUGGUGGCCUAGUGGGGUCACACGGCUGGACAGAGUAUAAACUCAUCAGAGACUUUGUAGGGCGAGAGUUUUUUUGCUUUGCUAAAACUGUGAUGCUGGGUUUGCCAUGGCUGUGUAUGGGAGUUUAAUCACUAUUCACCACCUCGCAGUUGAAUGACUCAAGUCAAACUUAUCUAAUUAAAUCCGAUAACCUGACCUUGCUCUGGAGGAUAACAUUUGGAAUAGGUUUUUUAACAGCGAGUUCCCUAUGGCCCUCUCGCCCUAUCAAAAACGUCCUAUAAGACAGACCGGCCCAGUAAGGGACCAACUACCUGCAGAUUCACUGUAAUCUCAGGACUCCUAUAGGACUUCUUUGGUAUGGGGACUAUCUCUCUCCUCGAGGUAGCUGCUGUCCCUACACCAACCUGCUGUAUCUGUGGGUUGCAAUGUGUAUAUCUGAAUCUCCUCCUUCUGUUGAGAUGAUUGAAUACACACACCCACUCAUCUGAGUUGUCCGACAUGUGGUCUGAACAGCUGAGUAGUGCGUUGCCGGUGGGGGGCAGAGACGGGGAGAGGGUUUGUUCUCCACCUCUGUCUUAUGAAUGAAGGAAAGGAUAGAUGGAUGGAAGGAAAUGAUAGAGGGAUGGAAUGAAGGUGAGUUGGUAAUGUAGGGAUCUCCAGCUCUGAUCCAUCCCUGUUCCCUAACUCUUCUAUCCUGACCAUGGGGGGCCCUACACGAACACUGGUUAAACACACAUAAACACUGGUUCUGCACAAAAUAAACUUGAGUAGUCUACCACUGCACUAGAUGGUUUUUGAUGCGUUUUGGCCAAUAUCCCUCUUAAAAGAACUUUAAUGUUAUGCCUGUGUUCGUUUCCCAAAAGACCUUGAAAGCCCAUUUUAAUACAUUUGAUAUGAGGGUAAUCGAUACAAAUCUCCCCUUAAGGUUCACCAAAAUAGAACUGAUUCUUCAAUCUCCAUGAUCAGGAUGUGAUGCUCUUUCCCACACAGUCCCCUCUCACUCUGACCUGGAUGUGUGGAGUCUGACUCUCUCUGGUGUUUGAGUAAAUGUAGCCAGCCAUGAAGUUCUCCUGCUCUGCUCCCUAUUGGCUCACACUGAUGGACAACCUCAUGGCUGCUCCCUCUCUCUUCACAGCACAGGAUAGGGAAGCCAUCAAUGCUGCCUUACACAUAGCAGCUCAACUCCGAUGCUCACCCCGUUCCCUGAAGUGUGCACUUGUUCACUCCCCCUUAAGGAUGUAAGGGGGGGGGGGGGGCAUUCGAUUGUUGUAGACAAAGUAUACCAUGUCUCCAAUACCAAUCCCAUGGUUUUAAAUCCUCACGGAGUGAAUGAGUGCACAUUUGAAAGAGUGGGGACAGAAUUGGAAUUGGGCCACAGUUUUGCGCCCUGGGUCGACACCAAGUCCACUGUCGGUCACACUUAAUAACGUUGUUACCCCAAUGCUACCUAGUCACAUCAAAUAUUACAUUCUCACAAGCAAGAACUUACUUGUAACUAAGUUGACUUUAUUGAGAAUCUGGGCCCAGUCAAGUGUAGUUACAGUGUAAUGGUGUGUGAUUACAUUUGGUUAGGGAAGAAGCUAUAUAUAGACUUACUACAGUAUAAAGGCAGCUUGAUGUAGUGCUAGCUCUUAUUGUUAUCUAAUACCUAUGAUCUUACUCUGGGGGAUUUCAUUUCUCUUGGUGUUGGAGGAGACAUUUUUAGGGAGAAAGAGCAUCUUUGUACACCAAACUGGAUUGUUGUGGUGAUGUUUUGCAAUGGAUCGAUGUUGAGUCAUUUGUUACUUUAAGCACAUUUAUAGGAAAAACUUAAACAAAGAAUCAGCAUGCUUGACGGAGAUGAAGGGGGACAUUUCCUCGGUGUGAAAUUGUUCACAUCUGUUAUAAGAAAACCCUAAAACUCAUUAUAAUCUGGCAGUGUGAUUUUAAUUUGACAUUUUUUCUUCAAUGUGCGUUAUAGGAAAGUGUAUAAACUAGUUUACUAUACUAAGCAAGGCAUGAACAGUGGCCUUUUUAUAACGCACAUUGCUGAAUAAGUGUCCAAUUAAAUCACACUGCCAGAUGAUGAGUUUUAAAGUAUUUUGCACCAUGAAAAUGUUGCCCAAAAUGUAUUAUGACUAAUGAAUAACCCAAUUUACUAUAAUGUAUACUUCCUUUCUCCUUGCAUUGCUUAUGUCUUGAGGCACUGUACCGUCUGCAUGGCAUUCCCAAAUAAAUGAGUAUUGAAAUAAA